CAUUUACCGGAUGGAAGCCCAAAAUUAGAAACCCUUCACUCUUUCUUAUAAAAGAAUGCUCUCCUAACCCUAACAUUUCGCUUCCCUCGCCUCCGAUCACUUGGUUUAGCUCCAUACGAGAAGGCAAUGGCUCCGAAGCAGCCGAAUACUGGUCUCUUUGUGGGACUUAACAAAGGACACAUAGUUACCAAGAAAGAGUUGGCUCCCCGCCCCUCAGAUCGUAAAGGAAAAAGUAGCAAAAGAGUUCUCUUUGUGAGGAGUUUGAUUCGUGAAGUUGCUGGCUUUGCCCCGUACGAGAAGAGAAUCACUGAGCUUCUUAAAGUUGGAAAGGACAAGAGGGCACUUAAAGUGGCCAAGAGAAAGUUGGGAACUCACAAGAGAGCCAAGAAGAAGAGAGAAGAGAUGUCCAGCGUACUCCGCAAGAUGAGAGCUGGUGGAGGUGCCGAGAAGAAAAAAUGAAACUAGUGUGGGUUAAAUGGAGCUUCUAAUUCCCAUAUUGUUAGGGACAUGUUCUAGAUUUUGUUAUUUUUUGUUAUCCAGAAUGAUAUUCAGUGGAUUUUUGAACAUUACCUUAGAUGAAUUGUGAUGCUAUUAGAACUUAAAUUUAAAUUUCUACAAGUCUUUUUUCCUUGAUAGAACCUUACAGGUCAUUUGUAUCUCCUUUGAUACAUUUGCCAUUAUCUGGAAGAAUUGCAUCAUUUAUUUA